CUGUUUGGCUGGAGGAUAUCUCUGAAAUCUACUAGGAGGAUAACGCAACAGUAUCGUGAUGCAGUUUCUAUCAGCAUCCAAUUGGAUUGAACAGCAUACUGUAUCAUUUUCUGUAAUACUUUUUAACAUAAGAGCUAAACAAUGUGCACGAUGACGCAUGCAUAUAGGAACAGUUGUUAGGCUUUCACAAUCCCCGGAUAAAAGCCAGGCAUUCAACGCAUCCCGCAGAACUGUCACACAUACACAGUCUGCAUAUGUGCGCGUGUGUGCUUCGUGCAUGUGUGUUGCUGUGACUAUCUCCACUCCUCUCCUCCUCUUCCUUACCGGCAUCAUCCCUCGCUCUCCAUCAGGGAUGGUGAGAGAAUGUUUUUGAUCCAGACAUCUGCACAGGUUGCACGCAGCUGGAUAUAAACAUCUUCUGCAUGGAAUUGAGGGCAUGACAACAUGCAUCCCUUGUUGUUUCAGAGCAUGUGCCACGACUCGCAAGAAAUGAUGGAGGACCAGCAGCUUCCUGGCUAAACCCUGCAGACUAAAACAACAUCACUGCUCGAAUCAUGCACUUAAGGUGGGUGGAAAGAUGUAGCUGAAGAACAAACAUAUAGGAAUCUUGUCCAUUCACACACUCAGGUCAUCCCUGAAAGGGGCGUGGCCUGUGGAGCACUGCCCAUUAUGUCUAAGAAAGCACCCGGUGGUCGGAGCAAAGGGGAGCGGCCUGAUGCCAUGUCAGCCUUGCAGGCAGCCAAUGAAGAGCUGAGAGCCAAACUCACGGAAAUCCAGAUUGAACUUCAGCAGGAGAAGACCAAGGUCAGUAAGCUGGAAAGAGAAAAGUCUCAGGAGGUUCGUCACGAGCAACACAAGUCCACGGUGGUAGUGACGGAGUUAAAGGCCAAACUGCACGAGGAGAAACUGCGAGAGCUGCACGGCGUCCGGGAAACGCUCCUACGCCAACAUGAGUCCGAACUGGUGCGGGUCAUUAAGAUCAAAGAUGGAGAGAUACAGAGACUACAGGCGCUUGUAUGUGCCCUCCGAGACACAUCCGGUGAUAAGGUGAAGUCUGCCCUGGUGGCGGAUGCCCGAGAGGAGGCCAGGCGGGGUUUCGAAGGUGAACGAAUGCGACUGCAGCAGGAAAUUGCUGAGUUGAAGGGAGUAAAAAAGCACAUGGAGGAAGCGUUAACCGUGGCGGUGCAGGCGGACAAAAUCAAAGCCGCCGAGAUCCGAAGCGUCUACCAUCUCCACCAGGAGGAGAUCACCCGCAUCAACAGGGAAUGUGAGAGAGAGAUUCGCAGAUUGAUGGAUGAGAUUAAAGUAAAGGAGCGGCACGUCUGUGGGCUGGAGAGAGAGCUCAACGCUCAGGCGGGCUACACGUGGAGACUACAGCAGCAGAAACAGGCUGUAGACACACAGCUGGCCCUGCUGCGAGACUCCAGCCCCAGACGAGAGGGCCCUAAUUCACCCGCUACAGGAGACUCAGCAGAGGGCAUAGCUAACCCUGUGCAGCAUUUGGAUGAAAAAGACGCCCGACGUUUCCAACUGAAAAUCGCAGAACUGAGUGCUAUCAUCCGAAAACUAGAGGACCGAAAUGCCCUGCUGUCAGAGGAACGCAAUGAACUUUUAAAACGUCUGCGAGAAGCUGAGAGCCAGUAUAAACCCGUACUGGACAAAAACAGACGACUGAGUCGUAAGAAUGAAGAACUGGCUCACGCGCUGAGACGCAUGGAAAACAGACUGCAAUUCAUCACUCAGGAGAACAUUGAAAUGAGAGAGAAGGCCGGUACGAUACGUAGGCCCAGUUCACUGAACGAUCUGGAUCAGAGCCAAGAGGAGAGAGAGAUCGAGUUCCUGAGGCUACAGGUCCUGGAACAGCAGAACAUCAUCGACGAUCUCUCCAAGGCGCUGGAAACAGCUGGAUUUGUAAAAACCGUGAUUGAGAGAGACAUGCUGUUGAGAUACAGGAGACAGGACAGUCUGCGCAGGAAAAAGCCAUUCAGAACCUGCAGGCCGGUUGUAGAGACGUUUUUUGGUUAUGAUGAAGAAGGUUCAAUAGACUCAGACGGCUCCUCCAUUUCAUAUCACACAGACCGAACACCUUGCACACCAGAUGAUGACCUCCUUGAAGAGGGGAUGCUUAAAGAAGAGACUGAACUUCGCUUUCGUCAGCUCACGAUGGAGUAUCAGGCUCUUCAGAGGGCGUACGCGCUCCUUCAAGAGCAGGUCGGAGGAACAUUCGAUGCAGAAAAGGAGGUCAAGACUCGAGAGCAGCUGCAGGCCGAACUGAUCCGGUAUCAGACCAGAAUAGCAGAUCUGGAGUGUGUUUUGAGUCAACAGGGACAGGAUAUGAAAUGGAUUGAGGAGAAACAAGCUUUGUACAAACGCAACCAAGAGCUUGUAGAAAAGCUUAAAAAUAUGGAGACAGAAGAAACACGCUUGAAAAAUGAAAUUCAGGAUGCAAAAGACCAAAAUGAACUCUUGGAGUUCAGAAUUCUUGAACUUGAAGAAAGAGAGAGAAGAUCUCCUGCCAUAAACUUCAAGAACAUUCAUUUUGCGGAGGGCACGAGUCCCCUGCAAAUCUACUGUGAUUCAGAGGGAGUCUCUGUGAGUUGCGACAACAUGCCCCAUUUGUCCGUAUGCGCACAAACAACAAACGAUAACAUUGUUAUACUUAAUAAUAAGGUUGCGUUUGAUCCAGCUUAUUUGUAUGAAGAGAACAAAAAUGUACAAUAUUUAUAAAAAGUAAUAAUGUAAAAAUGUGCAAUUUCAUACAUAUAAGGCACCUCG